AAAAUCAUAAAAUUUGAACAAAAUUUUUACUAUUUAUUUUCUGCAAAUUAUCAAUUUGAAAUAUCUACUAGCUAGCUUUUGUUGUUUUAUCCCAUAAAUAUAUAGAGCAAUUUAGUUAAAUAGCUAUCGAAAAUGAAUAGGAAUUCUUCAUAUAAUAAUUUUCAUAAUAAUUCAACUUAUCAAGCUUCUUUAUAAACCAAUGAGGAAUCUAGAGAAGUUCUGCUACUUAGAUGCAAAACGACAAUUGAUGACCUAAAAGAUGAACUUGAAAGGACAGAAAAGACUAAAGAUUAGCUUCAUAAUAAGUUCGAAGCAUUAUAAAAAGAAUAUAAUAUUUAAGAGAGGCUUUUGGAAGAAGAAAGAUCUCUCAAUUAAGGAAUUUUAGAUGAACUUAAUAGGAUCAAAGGAUAAGUAGGCAUGAGUAUAAAUGAAUAAAAAGAACUUAAACAAAUGAUUUCAUAAAAGGAUAAAAAAAUAUUAGAGUAAGAUGUCUAUAUAAAAACUCUUUGCUAAAAAAUAACUAUACAAGAUAACAUCAUUUAGGAGUAUAAUAACGAAUUAGGAAGCAAAGAAUAAGAAUGCUCAACAUUAAGACAAGGAUAAACAGAAUCAGAAAAUUAUUGGGCUUAGUCUUAUAAUCUAUUAAAGAUAUCCUUUAAUUAAAAAAUGAGUCAUGUUAAAGAAGUAGAAGAAAAAAAUAAGGACCUCAAUAAGAAAAUCAAAGAAUUAGAAAAAUAAAUAGAGGAUAUUAAAAGUUCAAAACAAUUUCAAGAUGAAAAAAAUAAUGAAGAAAAGUUUAAAGAUGAUUUAAGGAAAAUUUAAAAAGACCAUAACGAAGAGGUAAAAAAAAUUAAAUAAGAAUCGCUUGAAGCAUACUAAGAAAUGUAGGAAAUAAUAAAAUAGCACGAACUUUAAUUUGGUUAACUAGAAAAAGAGAAUAUAGACCUUAAAUUAUAGAUUUAGCAGCUCAAUAUUGAGCUUACAAAAUAAAAGUAGGAUACAAAUAAGAUCUAGAAUGACUUAAACAAGAAAAAUUAAGAAGUUGAGGCUUCAAAUACAAUAAUCAAAGAAUAAGAACAACUUAUGGCUAAUUUUGAUAAUCUGAUUUCCUAAAAAGAAUAAUCUAUAAAAGAAAAGUACUAUUUGGAUCUCUAAAGUGUCAGAUAGCAACUUAUAGAGCUUUAAGAGUAGAGCAACAUGAAAGUGGUCAAAGAUUCUUCAAAAGUAAAAGAAAAGUAUCAAUAACAGAUUUUAGAAAGAGAAAAAAAGAUAAAGGAAUAUAUAGACAAGUUCAAGAUUAUGGAAAUUAAGCUAGAUAAAAAGGAUUAGGAAAUCAAAAUGCUAAAUGAAAGAAUAAAGUUAAUUGCAAAUAAGAAACAGAAAUAUAAAAAAAAAAGUAUAGACCUCAACACUAAAUAUGAUGUUUUAGAUACUCAAAUUAGAGACCUAAAAAAUAAAAUGGAUUAAAGUUUUUAAGUUUAAGAAUAGCAAUAAUAGAACAUAAAUGAGAGAAACAAUCAUCUUAAAAGUUUAAAUGAUAUUACCUCCUAGUCAAAAGUAAAUCUAACAACUAAUGUAUCUGAAAAUAAUAAAAUUCCAUAGUAUGGUAAUGGUUAAUACAUGAAUUAAGUUGCAAGUACUCAAAGAGAAAAUUUAGGAAAUCUAUUAAAGACUUAAGAAAGAAAUCCACUUGCAACACUCAUCAAUAAUCAAAAAGGUUUAGUAAAUUAAUAGGUUAAUCUUCCCAAAAACUUUGAUAUUAAAUAAACUGUUAAUACAGAAAGAUCCCUUUCUACUUAAGGAGGUAACUAAUCUUUAUAAAAUAUAAAGGAAAAAUUAAAAGCUAGUGCAGAAAAAUUGUAAAAAGUAAUAAAUGUAGAAGCCUCUUCAGAAAGACCUAGCUAUUAAAUUCAAUAAAACUAAAGUACAUCAACUUUAACUAAGGCAAUACCCUUAUAAAACAAUUAAAUUGCUAUAAACUAAUUAGAUUAAACAAAUAAUACUAGAUUGAUUGAAAUGAAAAGAAAAAUGAUGGAACUUGAAUAAGCAGUCAAAUCUAAAGAACUUGAAAAUAUUAUUUUAAAAGAUGAAAUUGUGAAUAAAAAAUAAAAAUCUUAAGGAGAUCUUACUCGUAAAACAAGAGCUGUUUCUUAUAAUAACUUUAAUUGA